AUGUCUCAGUUGAUCACCACGGAGCUCCCGGGCCACACCAGUUCCCCGAAUCAAAUGGAGCCCUCCCAGAUGAAGCUGGUGGUCGAUGAUAACAUUAACAAGGUCGUCAAUAGCAAGGCUGGAGACGACAAGAAGCCCUGUACGGUGGAACUGCGUGGCUUCAAGCAAGGUGUGGGACAGGAUCCGGAUGGGGCCGAACCAGAGGGGUUGCAUGAUGUUGAGAAUGUUGAUCCACGCGAGGCAAAACCAAGAAACGAAACUGCUUCGAUGGCUGUUGAUGCAUCACCCGGAGGCGACAACAAGGUAGACCAGGAUCUCAAACUUCCGCAUGCACAAGAGAAGCCGGCGGGUGCAGGAGGUCAAGAUGGCGGCCAUCAAUCGUUCCCUGCUCCAGCCACAUGCCAGAGUUCAUAUGUCUCAUUUGGGCCCAUGAUUCAAGAACCUGACGGAGAUCACAUACCCGACGCGACAAGACAUGAGGCUGGAACAAAUACUGAGCCUGAGGGUGUUCAAACCCCAUCCAAAGCAUCGCCAGCACCACAUACCUCGCAGCCUGUGAGCAGCCUGCCUUGGGCAAAAGACGCGUCCGCCCCGCUUCCAAAGCUUCCCAUCAGAUUCGUCGAUUGCAUCGGCAGAUAUUAUAUAUUCCCGUGGCACAAGGUCAAAACGUGGAAGGGAAUGAAGAAGUUGAUUCAGUCAGCUUUCGCCAGGAUCGAUAACCUGCGACCUCAUAUAAUGGCAGGACAUUACGACCUUAUCAUUCAGGACGUAUGGGUGGAUCCGAUCGCCGCCACCAUCAAAUCAACCCUCGCCAGCCAUCCGUCACAAUUCAACCCUUUAGAGACGGCUCUGUCCAGCUUCACCGCUGCUGGGCCCUCACUGAAUACCAUCACGCCAACAAGUCCCCCAUCCCAUCUCCUGCCGAAGCCCUGCAAGGGAUCUACAAUCCUUCCCGAGCUUUGGGACGAUGUUGUCGAGCCAGGCAUGAUGAUCAAGAUGCUAGCUUGGCCUGGAGUCGGCCGAGAUAGUGCAUCAGCUAAUACUCAGCCGCCUCAGCCUUCGCAGGCAGCAUCGAGUUUCAACUGGCCUCGAAGAGGCGAUCGCACACCACCACUAUCGAUACUCCCAGCGCCGCCCAAAGGCAAGACAAGAAAGAGACAGGAUCGAUUAUGA